ACAAAUUAUUUAUGGGUAUAUGGUGGAUAAAUCGUUUACAAAUAGUAUUCCAAAUAUGAAAUGACCUAAGAAAUAACUUCGUAAACAACUCUCUACAUAUUCAAGUUAUUGUAUUAGAUACCAAUUUUUUUUUUUUCACUUUACAACGAGAUUCAUAUUAAAUAGUGAAAAGCCCCACAUCACUUGAAAUAUGAAGUUUAAGAGUUGAAAGUAAUACAACAACAUAAUUUACAUCACAAAUACCAUAUAGGUCAGGAGUCAGAACAAUUAUAUAAAAAUACAAAUAAAUAAUAUGAAAUAAACCGAUUACAUAACAAUCAUUCCAAAACGGAGAGAGAACAUUACAAAGACCCAUCGACCCGAAGUCGAAGCACACAGACACAUAGUGGUGCUUGCUUCUAAACAUCUUGAACAAGGAAAAAAACCGCGUUAAAAAUCAAAGUAUCCCAAGAAAUUUGGCACAAAAUAAUUUUCAUUCUUCCCGCCCAAAUUCCACCACCCCAAAACUUAAAGAACACAGCCAACCUCAGUCUUAUACUGUUUUUCUCUCUCCUCUAAUCUUCUACGAUACCAUGCCGGAUUUUGGUGCUCCUUUCCUUAAUUCCGAAACCCUAACCCUAAAUUACUGCCCUAAUCCAAUCAAAUCUUCUUUAUCCGAUUCUUCUGAUUCUCUUUUUCCUUGCCCUAUUAAAACCCUAGAUUAUAUGGAUGACUUCGAUUUGCGCCCCCAGCUUCCGAUUAAUGGUGAUUUUGCUGAAAUUUCUGGGAGUAGAAGAGGGUUGUUGAAAAUUAGGGUUACUAGGAUGGGUUCUGGUGCUAUUGAUUGUGAUAAGAAGAGGGUUAUUGGUGGAAAUGGUGACAAGUGUUUGGAUGAUUAUGUUGGUGAUUGGAAAGCGAGGAGGUUGGGUUUAGGGUUUCCGGAGAAUCGCUGCUUUCUUUCGUUUCUCGAGGGUUCGAAUAGAUUGGUUGAGUGUCGUGCUUGUUCAAGUUACAUCUACCCUGGGGAUGAGGUCUCUUGCGCUGUCCGAGGGUGUAAGGGAACUUACCAUUUGAAGUGUGCAAAGGAUAACUUUCGAUAUUCGGUCACAAGAAAGUUCAAGUGCCCUCAACAUGUAUGCUUUAUAUGUAAACAGAAAUUUAUUUGGCGCUGUGUGAGGUGUGAAGUGGCUUCACAUGAUAAAUGUGCAGCUUGGCCAGAUAAAGUGAUUCAUCUGAGUGAGCGUCCGGGAUGGACUGUUUGCUGGAGGCACCCAAAAGAUUGGCGGCAGGAGCAUGGAGCAGCAACUAAUAAUUUUGAGGACGUAUUCUCUCGCUUGCCUUUGCCAUACGUUGAGGAAGAGUUCAAUAUAGAGUCUACGCUGAAGGAUAGUCCAAUUGACAAAUUGGAGCCACCUCCUUAUGUGCAUAUUAGGCGCAAUGUGUAUCUUGUCAAGAAAAAGCGGGAAGAUGCUACUAUGGAUAUCGGUUGCACAAGUUGCCGUUCAGCAUGCUCUGAUGACUGUGUUUGCAGAGUUCAAAGCAUUAGUUGUUCAAGAUCUUGUCACUGCUCAGAUGCAUGCACAAACAAACCAUUUCGCAAGGAGAAGAAGAUCAAAAUUGUUAGGACUGAACUUUGUGGAUGGGGAGUAGAGGCUGCUGAAGCUAUAAACAAGGGAGAUUUUAUCAUUGAAUAUGUUGGGGAAGUUAUUGAUGAUCUGUUAUGUACGCAAAGGCUAUGGGAUAUGAAAAACAAAGAGGUGAAAAAUUUUUACAUGUGUGAAAUCCGUAAAGACUUCACAAUCGAUGCAACAUUCAAGGGAAAUGCAUCUCGUUUCCUGAAUCAUAGUUGUGACCCAAACUGCAAGUUAGAGAAAUGGCAAGUAGAAGGGGAUAUACGUGUGGGUGCCUUUGCUGCUCGACCCAUAAAAAUUGGAGAACCACUUACCUAUGAUUACCGGUUUGUGCAAUUUGGGCCUGAGGUUAAGUGCUGCUGUGGUGCUGGUAACUGUCAAGGAUAUUUAGGUGCCAAAAAAAAGAUUAACUUAGAUAUCCUUGAUACUAAAAGAAGGAUGCAUGUAGCAAGCCUUUCCUGGGGUUUAAAGCGGAAGAGGACAUCAAAAUCAGCCAGAAAGCGCAAGUGGUAGCAGCGAGACAUUCUGAAUGAAACUGCUGUACAUUAUGUUCUUACCAUCAGACACCCGUGAAUAGAAAAAAAGAAACAGAAGGCAAAUUAAACAAUCUGAAGCCUAUAACAUACAUCUUUAUGUUAUUAUUAAAUCAUGACAGCUAUAUUCAGCGAGAAAUACAAGCAAAACAUCAUACACAAGCAAACGACAGCAGAGGUUAAGAAUCUGUGUAUUCUUUCUGUUUUCCAGCAAUUACAUUUGUAAAGCUUUACAUCAUUCAAUGAUUGCUCAUGUAGGCACCGGAUUAUUUUCGAUUGUGUGUUGUAAGCUUAUACAUGAAUCGAAAACUGUAGCUUUGAGCUUCGACUAGACUCACAAUCGUGUAAUAUGAUUCUUUGUGAUUACAUCAAGCAUUGUUUAAAGACAGUAGGUAAAUUUUGGUAACAAUUGUGUGCUCGAAACAUGAGCUGGAAAAUAAAUAUGAAUUGUCUA